UUUUAAAAAGUGUUUUGGUUUGUUUUGUUUACACUUUUUUAUAGAAAUAAUAAUGUUCUAACAUUUUUUAACUAUUAGAAAUGAGAAAACACCAUGGAACUUUGUUUUAAAAAUCAAUUAAUCUAUUUAGAAUAAUUUUUACGAGUACAAACAUUCAUCAAACAUAGUAAUAGUAAUGGGCACAAAUCAUUCUAAAAAGAACUGGUAGGGCUCGUUGUUUGUAAGGACAAGUAUGGUUAAACAUAGAUCAUGACGUAACAAAGGUUAAACAAUUUAUUACCAAGUACAAAGCUUCAAUAAUGUGUGAAGACGGGUCAGCACAAAAUGUUAAUCUUGAAAAUUGGAUGAGAGAAUUACCUGAGCAGUUAAAAAAUGUUCCUUUUAUAUAUCUGGCUAUUCCAGGUAGCCAUGAUUCAAUGACUUAUGGUAUCACAGAGUCAAGUGGGAUAGCUCCAGAUGCAGAGCCAAUUGUCAAGAAACUGUACCCAUUGUUCCGAGGUACGAUAUUACGUUGGACAAUAACACAAGCUGUAGACACCUCGCAACAACUGCUAAUUGGCAUUAGAUAUUUCGAUUUGAGGAUCGCAACAAAGACAGGUGAUGAUAAAUUCUAUUUUACACAUGGAGUGUAUGCUGAUGAAAUAACAACAGCUUUGAAGCAAGUUAAAAGUUUUGUUGACACACAUCCAGGCGAGGUGGUGAUAUUAGAUUGUCAACAUUUUUAUGGCUUCACAGCAAAUGACCAUCAGAGACUGAUGGGGUUAUUAUUACAUCUGUAUGGUCCGCAGCUGGUGCCUCGUCAAAUAGAUCUGCAAGGCAUUACAUUAAAUUCUUUGGCAAGGUUGAGACAACAGGUAGUGAUAGUGUACCGUCACCAGGCAGUGUACAGCACGGAUCAGUUCUGGCAGCCGCAGAUGUUGCCGUCUCCGUGGCCGCAGCAGGAACGUGUCAGCGGCUUGCUCACCUUUCUGGAGAGCGUGCGACGACAUCCCGGCAUGGGCUUUGUGCACCAAGCUGUGUUGACACCAACACCAGCGUUCAUACUUUUUAGAUGGAUAUCCACACUUCGAGAGAAGUGUGCAAUACCCGUAAAAGAUGAAGUUUUACCUAAAUUAUUAGAGGAUUUUGUCCCGGGACCUCCUCCAGCUGUGACAGAUUCACAGAAUUUACAAUCUCAGGCGCCUGUGAAUGUUGUUAUCGCAGACUUUGUUGAAAUGGACGACGCCGUCUUCCCAAAGGCUAUCAUACAACUUAAUAUGAAACUUCUCAAAACUAUUGAUUCCGCUUAUACUAAUUAUGGUUAAGAAUUUAUUUCCAGUCUCAGUAUUUCUACCUUGUACCUGCUUUUUUUAUUUUUUUUUAAUUUUUAUAAUAUAAAUGGUAAGUGUUU